AUGUUCGGAUUUAUUAGCGUUGGCUUCGCGAAAGGGCGAAGUAAUGGUCAAAAGAAAUAUGUGGAAGCGAUGUUGGAAGAAUUUUUUCAGCUGAAUUUAUCGGAGGUGACCGCUUUCCCUGAAAGUCAAUGCACCAAACCAGCUUGUGUGGAGUCGAUGACGUGGUCACCGGACGGCGCAGUACUCGCCGUGGCUAUGAAUGAUGGUCACUUUCACUUGAUUGAAGCGGAACAAGGCGUCGUUAGAUGGUCAAGAAAGCUUGGUCAAAACUCUCGUGCUCAACAAAUGCGAUGGUUUUGGAGUGGUGAACCUCCAGGUGCUAAAUCUCGUCUUAAAUGUGAUUGGCCACUCGAAGAUGAGAUGAAGGCAGUGGCGAGUAUUUUUGGCAACGGUGACGCUGUCGAUGAGCGUCUUGGCAAAAGCUUAUUGUACGAAAUUCUGUAUUUGAAGUCACUGAGGGGCACCAUUCUGUUUAUGAUACGUGAUGAUUACGUCGUAUUGGCUCUGGCUGGUGGGAUUUUACCUCUUUGUGAAAUACGACUAAUGGAGAAGCUGGCACAUCUGAAGCUGGACGUAAUCAACAUAUACGACGUGUUGUAUACUCAUCGAGAUGGGUUGACCCUAGCUGUGACCGACUAUGGACCCCGCCCCAAACUUGAUGAAGUUGACCGUGACCCAAUUUUCACUCGAAGUUCAGCUCGCUUGUCUGGUGAAAUGGUUGCAGACCUCCAUAGAGGAGAAAGUAUUCACAGUGAAAAAAAAUUUGGCUCACCUUCGUUCAUGGCUGACGCUAUAAACUGUCCUCAUACCCAUCUUAUUAAUCUUGACUUCAAGCUAGAAAACGAGGAACUUUUAUGGGAACUUCUUUUGAGGUACCUGAAAAUGUAUCACUGCCUAGUCCAUUUGACCUAUUCGAUGGAAUUUGCGAAGAGGGAUUGGGAGUCGGAAAGCAAGGCAAGUGUUAUGUAUUUUCAGAUUUUUGCAAACCGCUUGAACAGUACACCGCAUGAUCUGCGACUCGGUGAUGCGUUGCUGAAUAGCCUAUUGGGCGGAGCUCCUGGCCCGCUGGCGGAAAGGUGGCUCGAAAGAACAUUAGGAGCGGCUGGAAUCCAGUCGAUGCGCGAAUUCGUUGAGAAACGAUUCAGUGGACUGGUGGCAAUGUUGCGUGGCCCGCUGUCAGCAGCAGCCAGAUCGCUUGCCUUCCAGAUGGAUCAGUAUCGCGAGCUGGUCAAAGAGUUGCAGGACGCCAACACAAAUUAUGAAACUUUGGCUCUGCCUUCGUGGAAUGUGACUAGUCGGCCCAGCGAAUUCCUUUCAACAGCUAGCUCGGCCCGAAUCCCGGAUGUGACUGCGGAUCAUGUAUUCGACGCGCUGGAUUCGCCCACCUCACGGCUCAUCCUUGAUCGGUUGCAUUCUGGAGGGAUCAGAAUACAAGCAAAAUGCGAGGAGAUGACCCAAGCGGCUGCCGGUAAUUUACGGGAGCUGUCUCAACUUGUACGGUGGAUGUCAUUAUUGACACCGUUGCUGAAGAAUACGAAACGUCCUGCUCAAGUUAUGGAACAGAACUCUAAAUGGGAUGUGGCGACUUUGCUGAAGUACAUCGUUCAAACAUUCACCACGGAUGGCGAUGAACGCGAGCUGCUGAGCCUGUCACUUUUCAAAAUAGAGGAGGUUCUGAAGGAAUUACGAGCCGAGGAGACCAAAGAGCAUUACUCACACGAUGAAAUGAUUCGAGUUCUUGUAGAAGAAGGUGCUUUGAAAAGGCCUGAGGAUGAUCGUACGCUAAGCGAGUUGCUGUCUUCUGCUCGCAAGUGUCCUGGCUCCGUAGCGGAUUCUCCGAUGUGUGGACCAUCGGACACAUCGACGCCGCGCGCAAAUCCACCUCAACGUCAGGUUCAGAACGAGUUUGUUCUCGACAAGGGAUUGGAUAAGGAAACUCGGAAGCUGUUGGGCGAUCGGUUUGGACUGGAAGGAGUGAAGGAUGUGGUCAGUUUGGAAGACAAAACCCUGCUCGAUUUGGUAAAUGAAGUGACUCGUUGCAAGCCGCGAGUUCGAGUGGUCAGAGCGACGCCAAUAAAUGGAUGUACGAGCUCGCGUCGGACGCAUCGCAUUGCGGGCUUCGAUUCGGUCCGACUGUCGGUGUUCAGAUGGUCCGACACCAAGGACAUGGACGUCUAUGAACGAAAGUUGCUGAACGUCAAAGGCAAGGAUUUAGAGAAGUUUGCAUGGUGGAACAAAAAGUAUCAAAUAAAAUACCACGUCGUCCCAGGCGAGCCAGCAAGGUCGUUACAUCUUAUUCCUUCCGCGAGCCUGAUCAAGGCGCGAUUUGUGCGAGCACAAUCUGUCGUGAUGGCCUCGCAUGUGAGUGCCUACUGCCUCGUGGAGUCGGAAAGCUUGCGAGCCGGAGUUCAGCCAGAGAUGACCGUCUCAGUACCCAUGCAACCAGGAGCGACCUUCAAAUCAGAGGCUGGCGAGAUGAACCGUCUGAUGCGGAAGCAUCCCAUGAUGGAGGCGUGGUUUGUGCAUAGCGGAUUGACGUCAGAAGCAUCCGAUUCGGCGAGCCUGUCAGCAGAUCGCCAACAAGGCUGCAUUGUUUCAGAAGAAGGCUCCCGGGUAGCGCUGUUUCGCGUCCAGAAUUCACCAGCGGACGAGCAGCCACAGUCGCUGCUGACUGAAGCUCCGGUUCAUCGCCCAGCUCUUCAACUGCUCACACAUCACACUCGAUAG